AUGUCGCUCAACGUGGUUUGCCUGAGUGACAUUGGAGCUUGCGCUUUGAGUUGCAAGACCGAAAAGGAGGCCAGAAAGGAGGAGGUGCGAGCCUUAGCAGAAGGUCUGCGACCAAAUCCAGCCUGUCUUCCUAUUACCAAUAUUGAAGACGGCGUAGUGGAUCCACCUGUGAUAUCUUUCGCACUGUACAUAUCCGUUGUACUGUUGCUAUUUCUACAACUAGCGUUCGCCGUCGUCUCCUCGUGUCUGGCCGUCGCGAACGCAGUGAAAAACCCAACGGAACCUGUUUUUGGUUUACCAGGAUGUCUCUGGUGUAACGUAGUAACAGCAGUCCUCGGUGUCGCAGUGCUGUUGACCUUUGGUAUCUACUACACAGUGUCAAAUCUACCAAAUCAUUUGGCCGUGGGCUAUAUUGCUUUGGGACAUUUUAACGAAUGGUGGCCCGGACUAGGGUACUCGUAUUGGCUUCUAUUUGGUGCCAUGCUCUGUUCUCUAAUAAACGUGGUUCUUCUAGUGGUGAGACGGUAUCUGCUGGAACGGGAUCCUCCACCGCCCACUAUUAAGGUGGAAAAUCAUUCCGACGACACUAUAUUCUUGUAUUAAUAAUAUUUUGUUUUAAGUAAAUAUUUAUACAAUGACUGUUUUAUUUAAAAAUUUCUAAACAUUAUUAUUUGUGUUCCUGGAGCAAGCACGGACUUUAUAUUAAACGACCACGCACUAAGUUCAUAAAAAGAGCCGAGUGA